AAACACUGUAAAUUUGGAGGGGACGAUUGGAGAACCAGAGAAGAGGAGGAAGAUGAAGAAGAGGACAGUGUACGCUUGGGGAGUAGCCAUUCUUUGCUUUGUGGUGUUGAUGAUCGUCACUCCUGCCAUCCCCCAGUCUCAGGCUUACCACGAUUUCGCUGACCAACGCGAGUUUUUCGGUAUUCCAAAUACACUUAAUGUGGUUUCAAAUUUUCCUUUUCUUGUUAUUGGUCUCAUCGGUCUUUUCCUCUGCUAUUACAAGGAUUAUUUCAAGUUCAGCUUGCAAGGAGAGCUUUGGGGUUGGACAUGCUUUUACAUCGGUGUAGCUGCUGUUGGAAUUGGAUCAUCAUACUAUCACCUGAAGCCAAAUGAUGCCCGUCUAGUGUGGGACCGACUGCCAAUGACAAUUGCAUUCACAUCGAUCAUUGCAAUCUUUAUCAUUGAAAGGAUUGAUGAGUGGAAGGGAACAAUUUCCAUCAUACCUCUACUUUUGGCGGGUGUAAUCAGCAUAUUGUAUUGGAGGUUCUUUGAUGACCUCCGUCCAUAUGCUAUGGUCCAGUUUCUUCCUUGCAUUGCCAUUCCUCUGAUGGCUAUCUUGUUGCCCCCAAUGUACACUCAUUCCACAUAUUGGCUUUGGGCAGCAGGAUUUUAUCUUUUAGCUAAGGUGGAAGAAGCUGCUGAUAAAGUGAUCUACGAUUGGACUCAUCAUAUUGUCAGCGGGCACACCCUUAAGCAUUUGUGCGCUGCAAUGGUUCCUGUAUUCUUGACACUUAUGCUUGCAAAGAGGACUGUUGAACCAGAGAGGCAAAGUCUGCUCAAGGUUUGGAAGAUUUCGUGGACUAAUUUUAGGAAGAAAGAUGGCACGGUGGAGAGUGAUGGCACUGUGGAGAGUUACACGUGUACCUACUCAACAGUUCCGGUUGAGGAAUCACGAUAAUCUUGGUUUCCGUUUCCUAUUUCAUUACGUAGAAGAUAGCUUUUCACUUGUAUCUGGACAGAAUUCAAGAAAGAAAAAGAAAACACAGCUGCACACUGACCUGCUUGUUGGCGACACUCAACAUGUAAAAACGAUAAUUGUAGGUUUGCUUCAAAGUAACAAAGGUAUCGACACUUCUCAUAUAGUAUAUAUAGAAUUGGAUAAUCGUACCUAUUGACUUCCGCUGUGUUCAUAGUGAAUGUUCUGGUUUCCUGUGGUUCA